AUGUCUAGAAAUUAUUUUAAAUAAAAAGUAUUGCUGACUUUUGGAUAUAAUGGAGCAAAUUACCAUGGCUUACAAAUCUAAAAGGGAGUCGAGUUUGAGACUGUGGAAUCAAAGCUUUUCCAAGCUCUAAAAGAUUCUAAUUUAAUCAUGGAGUAGAAUGCAAAUGAUUUAUCAAAAUCUGGAUGGAGUAGAGGAGCAAGAACAGAUAAAGGGGUUCAUGCUUUAUGUAACUCAAUUGCAGUUAAAUUAUGCAUAAAUAAGGAAUUCUUUAAAGAUGAAAUCUAAUAAAAUGAGGAGGAAAUAGUAUCAAAGUUAAGGGACAAACAAAAAGUGGAUUAUUCGAAGGUCUUAAAUGUGAUUAAUUCCAAUUUGCCUAAUGAUAUUAAGGUGCAUUCAAUAAAAUUGGUGACUCAGGGAUUCGAUGUUAGAAAAAAUGCAAGAUAUAGAUUCUACGAGUAUAUUGCUCCGGUUUCCAUUUAUUCAGAUAAGAAAGGAGAAGAGAUUUUGGAAAAGGUGAGCAAUUUAGUUAAGAAAUUUGUGGGAACUCACAAUUUCCACAAUUACAGCAGAGGGAUGAAAUACACUGAUCCUUAAUCGAUGAGAUAUAUAUUGUCAAUCUAAGUCGAAUUGUUCAAAUGUUAAGAUAGGGAGUUCUUCAAAUUUUUGAUUCAUGGAUAAAGUUUCAUUUAUCAUUAGAUUAGAAAGAUGAUGGGAAUUGUUAUUCAAAUAUUUUAAGAGGAAUUACCUGAUACCUUUAUUGAUAACACAUUUUUCAAGAAUCAAUUAAGAAUUAUCUUGGCACCUGCUGAAGGACUGUUCCUUAAUCGCAUAAGCUUUGAAGGAUACAAUACAAAAUUCGAUAUUCCUUAAAGAUUGGAAAUAGAGGAGGAAGACCAAAUCAAGAUUGAUCAAUUUAGACCAACUAUUGUUGAUUUUAUUUGCGAAUAGGAAAUUAAAAAUUAAACAUUCACUAAUUGGUUGAAGAUUUUGAAGGAAAAGAAUUUCAAUAUCGAAGAGGAAGAAGAAAAUAACAACAAAGCUGAAAACGAUGAUUGAUAAUAUAUAUUCAAAAUGUAGAAUAAUUUUUAACUUAUUAUUA